AUGAUCCGUCGGUCUCUAGUGCAAAUACGGAACUUAGGUAGCCAUAAGGUGGAUCCAUCACUAGCGUUUGAUUUUAUUCCGGCCGGCAGCCGGGAUACUGACGAUAUUCUAAACAUAUGCCAGACUGGAAUGAUUCGAAACGAGCCUCAUUCGAGGGCCCUUAAACUCACACCCGAGGGGACACGAGGGAUAUUCGAAUACAUUAUUGCAAAAUCUUUACAUUAUCCCUUCUCUUACAGGAUACACGAAAAGGGAACGAACAACCUCAUUGGGAUCCGUCUUCUAUCCAUAGGACAUCGUGAUCAUGCGUUAGAUAUCGAACCAAUUCCAUUCACUGAACCUACCGACCCUGGGACGCGAAAGUUAUGCGAAAUUCUGGAGGAAGCAAAAGCGAAUUUCUGGAGGCUAGUCGAUCCAUCAGUGUCGACGGUGAUUCGCCGCGAAAUCACUUACGUCGACCCACGACAUCAACGAAAAGGCAUCGCCAAUUAUCUCCUGCACCUUGGACUCAACUUCGACGAAUUGAGGAGACAAGGGAUCCAUGGAAUCUCCUCCGAGGCUUCAUCACUGGCAAAUCAAAAACUGCUCGCCAAGAACGGUUAUACCUGCAUCAGUAAGCCCAACUAUAAAUUGGAUAUGUUUGACGGUAACGAGGGUGUGACGGUAUUUUUCAAAGACCUAAGAAAGUGA